UCAUUUCAAGGGAAGGUCAACGUCAGGAAACGACCAACCCGGUACUAUAUUUACACGUUCUUUAACGACUAAUACAACUUAUCUGAUUGUUAUAGCUAUAUAUGAUAAUCAACAGGAGAAAUUUAUCUCAGAAACAACGAAAUCAUUUGAUGUAUGCGUAUGAAUCCAUCACGGGAGAUUGACAAGGCUUCGCGAGAAGAAGCAGUGGAAACAGAAGUGGAAGGAGGAAGCUUUACAGACGGAGGAAGUACACCUUCAGAUGAAAUGAAGAGAUCCCAAGCUCGAGGCCUUAUAGAGCGUUAUUUCUACCAGCUAACCAAUGGCUGUGGUAAUACCAGCUGUUGCAAUGAGUUCUGUGCCUCCAGUGGACGACGCACCCACCUGAGCAGUAAUGAAGCAGCAGCCAUGGCUCUUGAUCUGUUCAAACGUAAAGCCACCCUGUGCGAGUCUGCUCCUAACAAACAGCUCAAGACGGGCAAUGAAGAAGAUCAGACUGAUGAUACAACACCCAUGGAUGUAUCUCCUGAACAGCCAUCAACAAGCUCUCUCAGGAAUACACCUUCAACAAGUUCAUCAGACAGUGAUAAACAAACCCUCUUGCCAAAGCCUCAAGCCACACACAGGAGCUCAUCAGUAUCAGAUAGUAUAAAAGACAUCUCUUUCUUGACAGAAGCCAAAAUCAUGGAGAUCAUCAGUGAGUGUGUGGAGUCCAAUAAAUUUUCUCCUCUUGUUCGUGUGAUCGGCCAAGUCUUUUCCUGUUGGCAGUCAUUGAACAAGAGCUUUUUAAGAACUGAGAAGCAAGGUCUUUCAGAUAAAGAGAGGAAGCAGAGUGAUGAAAAGGAGAUGGAUGAGAUGGAUGAAGGUCUACAGAGCAUUAGCACACGCCUUGCUGAUCAUGAUCUAGGAGAGUGUUCAUCAAAGGCUACAGAGAGUCUGGAUGUGGACAUUGAGUCAGUGCAGAGGGUCUAUGAUGCAAUCACAAAGCUAGAUGAAGAGAGAGUUAAUAAUGCUAUGCUGAAUGCAGUUACUAGUCUGGCUCACAUGGCUGAUGUGGAGGUCAGAGUGAAUGCCCACUUUCGUGAUGGUAGCAAUCAUCUUAACUUUAUCAUCAUCACCAUGGAGAAUCCCAUGAUGUCCAGUCCGGAGUACUUAGAGGUUGCCUUUCCCACCUUCUGCCGGGCCCUGAGCCAUCUUCCUCUCCCGGCCUGCUGUAGUCUUGCAAGGGUGUGGGCCAAGUUCUCACCAGAGAAUCUCACCCGCAAGGUACAGUCCUUGCAGCAGCUAAUCACAUUCAAAGUGCUAAGCGGACACUUCAAUUCCGGACCGCGGAGAAUCACUGUUAACGAGGAUGAUGCAAUAACUUCAGCAACAGACUGCAUGAAGAUUCUGUAUUAUGCAUGUAUACUUGGUGGAGAGGUGGAACGUCAGAGCAGGCUAUCCGCAGAGGAGGAGGAGCUUAAUCUCCAAGAGUUUCUUGGAGCAAUCGGACAUGAAAACAAAGAAAGGAAACCCCCCAAAGAAGACUCAUUUGCCAAAGAGCUUGGCCUAACUGUUCUGGAUUGUCGAAAACCUCUCAUCCCAUUUAGUGAAUUUUACAAUGAGCCAUUGAAUGAUCAAUUGGAAGUGGACCAUGACUUCACCUACUAUAAGAAGGAGAGUGAUGGACGAUUUGCAUUUCUCAAUUAUCCAUUCAUUCUAACACCUGCCACGAAGAACACAGGUUUAUAUUAUGACAAUCGUGUAAGAAUGUAUCAUGAGAGGAGAUUGACACUUCUUAAUAGCUUGGUACAGGGUGAAGAAAUCAAUCCGUAUCUCAAGCUCAAAGUUCGUCGAGACCAUGUAGUAGAUGAUUCAUUAGUUAGGUUGGAGAUGAUUGCUGUUGACAACCCCAUGGAUCUUAAGAAGCAGCUGUAUGUUGAGUUUGAAGGAGAACAAGGUGUAGAUGAAGGUGGGGUCUCCAAAGAAUUCUUCCAACUGGUCAUUGAAGAGAUCUUUAAUCCUGAUAUUGGUAUGUUUACCCAUAAUACAGACAUGCAGACAUACUGGUUCAACCCUACAUCGUUUGAGACGGAUCGUCAGUACACUCUAAUAGGUAUUGUACUAGGCUUGGCCAUCUAUAAUAAUAUCAUCCUAGAUGUCACCUUCCCUAUGGUUGUCUACAGGAAGCUGAUGGGACGACGAGGAGUCUUUGCUGAUCUCUAUGAUGCUCAACCAGUUUUGUACAACAGCUUGAAGUCCCUCCUUGAACAUGAAGAUACAGUAGAAGAGACAUUCAUGAUGAACUUUAUGAUCAGUUAUACAGAUGUCUUUGGUAAUACCAUUACACAUGACUUGAAGGAGAAUGGUGCCCAGAUCCCUGUUACUGCUGAUAACAGACAGGAGUUUGUUGAUCUGUAUGCAGACUUCAUCUUGAACAAGUCAAUAGAGAGACAGUUUAGAGCUUUCAGGAGAGGUUUUGAUAUGGUGACUGAUGAGAGUCCACUUAGGAAUUGGUUUAGACCAGAUGAGGUGGAACUCCUUGUUUGUGGAAGCAAGAACUUUGACUUCAAUGAGCUUGAGAAGGCUACCGAGUAUGAUGGAGGAUACACAAGUACAUCUCCAACUAUCAGGUACUUCUGGGAGAUUGUGCAUGGUAUGGAUGAAGAACAGAAGAAGAAACUAUUGAUGUUCACUACAGGCAGUGAUAGGGUUCCUGUAGGAGGUCUAUCAAAACUCAGACUAAUCCUUGCAAAGAAUGGUCCAGACUCAGAUAGGUUACCAACUUCCCACACCUGUUUCAAUGUUCUCUUGCUUCCUGAGUACUCCAGCAAAGCCAAACUAGAAGAGAGGCUACUCAAAGCCAUCACACAUGCUAAAGGCUUUGGCAUGCUCUGAAACAACCAGUACUCCAAACCAUCCAAGGCUGCCUGCCAUAGCAACAAAGCAACAAAUUUCAUUGAAUUCCUUUGUAGGAUAGUAUAUCAUUCAUUAGACCAGGUUUGAGAAGUGUUUCAUUGUAAUUCCUUUUUUCUUCUUGUUUGUUCCAAAUCAUAUGAGAUUUCAUAAAUGUUUCAUUCUUAUUCCUCUUUUUCGUUGAAUUUUUACAUUCUAUUCUUUCUUCCUUUUUUUCCAAAGUAUCUGUUUCAUCAUGAUGAUUGUAGGAAGAUUCAGUAUGAAUUCCUCUGCUUCUGUGCCAUUUUACUCCUGUUCUUUAUGUCUAUCUUUCCAUCUCUCACUCAUUUCCCUGGUUUGGUAACUUAAGCACUGAGAUAAGAUAGUAAUAAGUCAAGUUGAAUGAUUUUUUUUUAAUGCAUUGAAAUGAACAUUUAUUAUUAUGCAUGAAGAUGUCCAACUGCAUCAUAUCUGUGUGUGUAAAGAAUGCUGGAAACACAUAUGACACCAGAAUACAAAGAAAUGUAGAGAAAAUCAUCUUGGUUAAUGAAAUGAUUACAAUGGAUUGUUGGCUGAAUGAUGUCACAUCGGGCAACCUGAGUUUGAUUGUCUAUUUAGGCAUUUGCUUGAUUGUGAAGAUAUUUCAUAGCUUUGAAAAAGGUACAAAAUGAGGUGAUAGAUAAUUGUUGUGUACAUUUGUACACUUAAAUACAUUUUCUGGAUAGAUCUAUAUUUCAGUUUACACAUAAGAGGUAAUGAAAUAAUUUUUUUGCCAAUAGUAUUUAACUGGCUAGCAGUGACUGGAAUGAACUUCAAAUUUCUACAAUAUUUAUUUGUAUCCAAUUAUGAAUUAGCACUGAAACAAUGUCCUUCAUAAUUUUAGUAUUUGAAGGAAAUUGAUACUUGGAAUUAGUUUUUCAAAAUAGGAUUGUUCAAAUCUAAAGUAUGAAUUUUCCACAAUACAUUCAAAAAUUACCUUUUUAAGAAGAAUGUUUUGAUAUGGACAAAAUGUGCAGAAUUUUUGUUAGCUUUCCAUUUCCACUUUGCACCUGAAGUAUAAGAAAUUAUCACUGAGUAUCACUUUUGAGUUUAUAAGAAAUAAGAUUGAAGAUUGAAUUAGGAAUAUAACUAUUGCAUAUGAAAUGUUUAAGAAGUAAGCUUACACCUUUUAAUGAAUGAAUACAAAAGUAAUAUUAUUUUAAUUUCAUAUUGAUCACUUUAUCUUUUUGGCUGCACACAUUUGGGUAAAAAAUAUGAAAUGCUUACACCUUCUAAUGAAUGAAUAAUAUUAUUUUAAUUUCAUAUUGAUCACUUUAUCCUUUUGGUUGCACACAUUUGGGUAAACAAUACAAAGUGCUUACACCUUAUACGGUUAUACGAAGAAAAGAAUAUUUGUUUAAUUUUACGAUUCUCUUUUCUUAGAAUAUUUUUGAUUGCACACAUCUGGGUAGACAAUGCAGAAAUGCUUCAACCUUCUAGGAAAAGAAUAUCAAAAAGAAAUCAUUGCUUUAAUUUCCUAUAACCCUUAUCAAAUUUUCGGAAAUUUUGAGUUCUUCAUUACAGUGGGUGUAAUAGUGAGAAUUUAAUUGAUAAUGGUCAGAUUCCAACUUCAGCUGAUGGAAAUCAAAAUAAUUAAGAAUCUGUUUCAUUACCCAGGAUAGGGUCACUAGUCAUGUGUUAAGUCAUGCAUAACUUACAAAUAGAUUUUUAAAUACCAAUUUGGUUCGAGUCAUACACAAUGUUGGAAAUCGUGCUAUGUUAGGCAAUCACUGAAAAUAAAGCAUGAAUGUUUAUUUAUGAAUAUCUUUCUAUCCAUACUCAAUUUCCAUGACUCUCAUUCUGCUUGUUUAUUGCAUGAAGAAAAAUAGGUCCAGCAUCAUAACAUAAUACAGAAUUAUACAGAAUCAAUCAAUCAAAAUUGAGAGGCAUGACAUGUAUUAUGGGCAAUUUGUCUGUCGGAAACUGAUUCACUUAGUAUUGGGGGGGGGGGGGUUGUGAUGAAAAAUCAUCUGUUAGGUAACUACUGAAAUUAUUUUCUUUUAAAUUAUUUUUGAGUUACCAGUAAGAGAUUUUGACUUGAAGUGGUAAUACAAGAAUGAUACUUUGCUUCAAUUAGUCUGAAAUGUUAUUUGACAUAGAGGUGAUUAUUUGGCUAAUGAAGACUUCAAUGUACAUGAAAAAGGUUUUGCAUCUACCCAGGAAAACAACAUCCAAGUAAAAAAAAUAUUUCAAUAGUUUUGUCUUUCAUUGGCCCAUUUUCUCAUUGAUGAUUUUUAUUUAUUGCAUUUACUAUCUAAUGAUUUUUGUUUACCGAACACUUACCUUAUGCAAUAUUGUACAAUUAGCAUUGAUGAACAUUUGUAAAAACUUUUUUUUUAAAUAUGGUUUUCUAGUUUGAGUAGACUCCUAUGCAUUUGGUUGAGUAUCAAUGAGAAUGUAUAUCUACCAGCGAACAACAGAGACAGGUUACUUCAUAAUAUGCUAUAACGUAAGUCGUCGUAUUUAUAGAAUUCUCAUGCAAAAUAUAUUUUGAAAAUUUCACUUAUAUGAUGAUGUAAACGGUCUGUUACCCACUGGUGCAUGAACGAAGUAAGUGUUCAUCCCUGUACAAAGCAUUUGGGAGCUAGAGAAAAAGGCAAUUGCAUGUAUUAAAGUAAGUAAAGGUUCUAUAACAAUGCAUGUUUUAUUUCAUUUUACUUGUUCGAAAUAUCAAUUACAACUUUCAUCACAAAACAUUGGCCAAUCAAAUGCUAUCAAUAGAUUCAAUAAUCAUAAGUUUAUUGCAACAAGAUGUAUGAAAAAAAGGGGAGCAAUUCAUGAUAGGUCUUGUCAAAACUGACAAUUAAAAACCCAGAGGCCCGUGCUUCACAAUUUUCAGGUCUGACAAGAUCUUAUAACUUAUCUGACAACAUAUGUUGAUGAGAUGUGCCCUACUAGAAGCUGAGUUCAUUUAUCAGAUAUAAAUCCCAGGGUUUUCCCCCCAUCAUAAAUUAUCAAAUUAUAUUUCAUUUUCUGACACAGAGGUCAUGAAUUUCGACUUUUCUUGUGGGAAGAAAGCUGUGCAAACUUAACAAUAAUUUACACUGUUAAUGGAAAAAUAUGACAUAUUCUUGCAUUGGGUCAAUGUACCAAAGAUAUGUUCACACGAUUUAAUGCUGUGAAAAAUUUUGAAAAAUGUUUUUGAAAAAUAUUGAGACUGGACUAAAUAAUAAGAACAUACAUAUUUUUGAAAGUAUAGGUAUUACAUACAUGAAAGUAAGAGGCCCUAUGAAUUUGUAUGAUCUUUUAACCCCCAAAAAUGAAUUAAGCAUCAGAUAUCUUGUCAAGUUAUUUACUCCAGCCUUCAUAGUAGCAUUGUAGAGCUAGUACAGACUACAGAUCGAUUUUGAUCAGCUAAAGCUGAGACAUCACAAAAUGGGAAAAGAUGGUAUUGGGUAGUCUGAAAAAUAUCGAGUCUGAAGCAGUGAAUACUUGCCCAUACAUUAAUGUAUGAUGACCAUUUUCCAUGUAAAAGAAAUAUUUAUAUUGCUUGCAUAGGAUAGAUAUUAGAUUGUAGAUUUUGUGCAAUUCUUCUAUUAUUAUCAUUAUUUUAUUGAUAUUAUUAUAAUUAUUGUUAUCAUCAUCAUUAUUAUUAUUAUUAUUAUUCUAAAAGGCUUAUCCACUCUGCAUAGUGCUCAAGGCUAUGAUUACUCUGUCUUUAUUAUGAUUAUUUUUUAUUUAUUAUAGUAAAUACUGUACUUAUUAUCAAUCCUAAUAUUAUUGCUAAAUUUAUUGAUGUUAUUAUCAUCAUCAAUAUUAUUAAUGCUGUUUAUUUUGUAAAGUAUGAAGGUACAGAAUUUCUCUGUAAGUGCAGUGUAUAACACUACUGUUGUCAUAUAUGAUUAUAUACCAAGACUUUGUUUAAAUUUCAUUCUUUCUGUAAAUGUAUAUCUGUAGAUUAAGUCAAGAAAAAUCCAUCUCUCAUUUCAUAUUUACAUAUGAUAAAUUAAAAUGUUUUGAUUUUGCUUAAAGCAA